CUCAUCCUGCCCUCAUACACCCUGUUCAUGCAUCCAUCUCGACGCGCUUCCCUAUCGCACGUACACCACCUGACACCCUCUCUGGUCACGUCCUUUUGACGCGUGCUAAACGCCCUCGCACGUCUCGCGACGACCGCCUACGACCGGAACGCGUGACACGUGCCCGACCCGUGGACGCCUCCUACGCGCCGUCUCUACAUCACGUAUUACACGCGCUGGCUCGCGUUUCUACUUCAUGUAUAACCAUAGUAGCCUGAUUCGGUCGUAGCUAGCUCGCUGAUCCAACCGAAAUGGCCUCACGGCCAACGACGCGCACCUCGAGCAGAGUGCGGGGCUUGGCGCCAGCCGACAGCACCGUCUCGGCAGCUGCCACCAAGCUCACGCGCAAUGCAGCAGCGACUGCCAGUAAGGGUAAGGCCUCCCUGAUUGAGCAAGCACCACAUGGCAAAGCCGGGACCUCCAAGACGGCAGUCAGUGGCAGCUCAAGGACGGGUCUCACGAUGAAGAGCGUGAACAACGCUGCUGGUGCCGCCGCGAUCAAAGUCGGCCAGGAGCUGCACGACAUCACCAACAACGACCGCUCAUCCCGUUCCGGCUCUGCCAGCACCCAUGGGUCCCAGCAGGAAGGCAAGGGCAAGGCGACUGCUGCGUCAAGCGUCGUGACAAAGCGCAUCGGUGCUACGGGUACCACCGCUACAACGCGUGACGCGACUAGCACACGCAACUGUGCGACCGGCGUCCGGCGACCAGCAACGUCAAACACCGUCAACAGCACCGUCGCUCCCUCAGGCGCGACGCGCGCCGUUCGGUCAAGACGGGCUGUUGAGCCUGCUACGGCCAGGACGAUGGUCAAGCCCGCCGCGCCAGGGCCAUCGCGCCUCAAAGUGCCAGCCGGAUCCGCGCUGCAAGCAGCGCAGCCGACGGCAAGCUCAGCCACCGCGACGACUGCCAAAGCAGAUCAAACCGCCCAGCGGGGGCUGAAACGCCCGGGCAGCCAAAGCAGCUUGCGCGACGCAACGACCGACAAGCAUGCUGUGGCUGCCAAGAAGGCAAAGGUCGAGAAGCCACCGAAAGACGCGGGCUGGGAGGACCUAGACAAGGAUGACUUUGACGAUCCUCUUAUGGUCGCUGAGUACGUCAACGAGAUCUUUGAUUACAUGAAGUCCCUCGAGGUCAAGUGCCUGCCGAACGGUGAUUACAUCGAUGGGCAGGAGGAGAUCACCUGGGCACACCGCAGCAUGCUGGUCGACUGGCUCAUCAGCUUGCAUUCCAAACUGCGUCUCGUCCCUGAGACCUUGUUUCUGGCCGUCAACAUUGUCGACAGACUGCUUAGCGUGCGCCAUGUCGGCCUCAGCAAGCUUCAGCUGGUCGGUUGCACGGCCAUCUUCAUCGCUGCCAAGUACGAAGAGGUCAUGUGCCCCUCUGUCGAGAACUUCCCGUACUUGAGUGACUCGACGUAUACCGAGUCAGAGAUCCUUGCUGCAGAGCGAUACGUUCUGCGUACACUCGACUUCAACUUGAGCUACGCGAACCCUAUGAACUUCCUGCGUCGCAUCUCCAAAGCGGACGACUACGACAUUCAGACACGUACGGUCGCCAAGUAUUUCAUGGAGAUCGCAGCCGUCGACUACAGACUCAUCGGUCAUCCACCAUCGGUCAUCGCUGCAGCAGCUGUUUGGCUUUCACGCGAAGUGCUCGAGCGCGGCCGGUGGUCUCCCACACUGAUCCACUACUCGUCCUUCUCCGAGGAAGAGCUGCUCAGCACCGCGGAAAUCAUGCUAGACUACUGCCUGCGGCCCUCGACCCGCCACCCGCAUUUCCAGAAGAAGUACUCGGGCAAGAAGUUCAUGCGUGCCGGUCCUUACGUGCUCGACUGGGCACGGCGCAACUUUGGCGAUAACAGCAUUCACGACGACGGCGAGCCGACCGCAGGCAUCGCCCCCACCGUCGACCUCUUCGCGUUCGUCAAAGCUAGAGCGGAACGGGACCAUUCGUGUGGACCCGUACCCAAGCGGCCGGAUGACAAGACGCUGAAGGAGAUCUUUGGUAUCCUCGCCGUGCAGCGUGCGAUGGACCUCCAUGCCGAUGGAGACGAGCUUGCGAACGACAAGGCCGAUGACGAGCUCAAUUACGGCUCAGGCGAGGAGGAAGACGAGGUUAUCAACCACGGUAAUCAUGAGGGCGAGGAAGAGGAAGAGGAAUGGUGAUUCAAGAUCAUGGACGGCGUGCACAGCUGGAUGUAUCUCGUUUUCGCGAUGCCGCGCCGGCCCGGCUCUUGUCUGCACCUGCCACUCGCACGUCAGGCACACAGCCCCAUGGCGAUAUGCCAUAUUCAACAGAUCGAACCAUAAGAACAAGGCAAGCUUUGCAUUUACCCCAAUCACUCCAACUUGUGGCACAACACGCAAGUGUACAUUAGUCAGCAUCAAAGCAAAAGGAUUUCUUCAAAGCUCG